GAAGCCUCACCUUCUAACAAUCCCAAUCUGAAAACCCUUGAUCCAUUCGAUGAAUACGCUCGGUUCCCACUCGCCUUCGACACGGCCCAUCAAGAGAAGACGCCAGUCGUCGAAGGCGAAUGAGGAGUCAGGAGGACUAGAAGGCACCAAUCAAGAGAUAAACACCUAUGACCCCAAAGCAGCGUGCGGCGAAAAGAUAAAUGUUGCGGCGACAACCUGCUACCUUGCGAGUGAGCUCAAACUCAUGUUGCGCAAGAACCCUCCACUUGCAUCAACGGCAAUAGAGCUUCUUGAUCUCUACUUGUGUGUCUGGGAGUGCUAUGUCAUCAAGUCGGCUUCCAAGAUACGCUUAGAAGAGGAGCGCCGGAUUCUGCGGAGCUCGAAUGACUGGCUGGCACGCGAGAACGCCCGCCUUCAUGAAGCCUGCACUAAUCAAGCCCUGCUGCUGUGGGAUCGACGCCAGGCCUUUGAUUCGAUCCAAUGGAGGGUUUUCCAAAUCCUGCAGAGCAGUGAUAGACGCUCAUAUCAGAUGAGUGACCCCCCUCUGGAUCUGGAUCUGGAUCUGGAGCAGCUGUGGGCGGAUUUUAUCGACAUACCAACGACUCCUCGCCUCGCGGCUGAUUAUGACAAUCCCUUCUCGAUGGAACCGCUCAACACACCCGUCUGUCCAAACAAAGAAGUCCUCACGCCAUUCGUCGUCGAAUGCAUGUUUUAUCCCAGUUAUGAUUCCCAGCGCUGCUUUCCCUGGACUGGGCCAGACCCGUUGUCUUUUCACACUUGCGCCGACGACAUCUUCCUCUGGAUGUCUGCAUUUCUGCUUUUCGAGCCGAUACAGUGGGUAGAGUUUCGGCUAUGCAGGCUGAUGACGGGGACUAGCGAAGUGGCAGAGGAAUACCCCUUUUUCCUACCUCGCGUUGAGUCGACCCUGGGAAAUCUGCCUCGAAUUCGUGGGCAGGUAUGUGAUAUUAUCUCGCGGCAGGACAGCCAAGGGGCUUGGGGUGAUUCGCAUUUUCAAAUGUACAUGUGGCCGCGGAAAGAGGCAAUGUCGGGCCUUAUCCGGGAGAACGCGUUUUCGUGCGUUCGCUCAGCCACGCCCGUGUCAGCGCUCGAUCCGGUCUGUUUUGUACGGAAUAUAGCAGGGAACUUUGCAGUAUGACUCCUGACGGGAGGGUGAAAAAGCCAUGCAUUCCGGGAGCAAAUCUCUUGAUCUUAAUUGAACGGAAUUUGAUUUGCCUAUCUUUAACAAAGCCCGCAUCAUCAUCAUCAUCA